AAAACACACCAGUUCAGUUUUUAUCCUACCAAGCUAAUGUAGCUGGCCUUUUUUUGCAACCCAGGAAGAGCUGACAUCUCAGUGUUGGCUUCAUAUUAGCUGACAAAGUCAACAUAGGAGCUAACUUUAAGAGAGCACCAGAUGCGGCUGAAGGACCCCUUCUCCUUGAAAGCCGCCGACAUGACUAAGCGGACUAAUAAACCAAGAAAACCUCGAGAUGAGGAAUCAUCAGAUGAAGUCAGCGGACUGACUUGCCAGCAUGUGAGUAGAGCAGUGGACCUGAACUCAGUAAAGAAAUCAGUCCUCUCGAGUGUGUGGUCGGUAUGCUCAGAGUGCCUAAAGGAAAGGACAAUGAUUGAUGGCGAGCCAGCAGCCUCUCAGGACAUUCUGGUGUGUCUAAAGUGUGGUUUUCAGGCCUGUAACCAGUCAGGGAUCCAGCAUGUUGUGAAGCAUCAACAGGCUUUCCACCCAGAGUCACACUGCAUCACCAUCAGUUUGAGCACAUGGAAGGCCUGGUGUUUCGAAUGCAGUGAAGAGCUCUCGACUCAUUGCAACAAGAAGGCUUUGGCUCAGAGCCUGGACUUUUUACAAAAGCACUCUGUCAAGGCAACAUCAGCAGUAUCACCCAAGAUCAUAAAACUCAGAGAAGAACCACCAGAUUAUGCUGACCCACCAAAAGGCAAGAGCUCAGUCAGCAGUGCUUUGGUCCCUGUUAAGGGAAUCAAUAACCUUGGUAACACCUGCUUCUUCAAUGCUGUUAUGCAGAACCUGUCCCAGACACACAUGCUCAUUGACCUUAUCCAAGAAGUGAAGGAGAAGGGGUACAAAUUGAGGAUCUGCCCCCCUCCAGAGACAAAUCUGAGUGCACUAACAGUAGUGCUGCCCAGUCCAGAACCCUUGACUGCCGCCAUGUUUGCCUUCCUCCACAACAUGAAGGAUCCAGGGAAAGGCUGUGUCAAUCCCAAAAUCCUCUUCAACCAACUCUGCCAAAAAGCUCCAUGCUUCAAGGGCUACCAACAACAAGACAGCCAGGAGCUUCUGCACUACUUACUGGACUCCAUACGAGUAGAAGAAACUAAAAGGGUGAAAGCGGGCAUUUUAAAGGCGUUCAACAAUCCUACAGAGAAGACAGCAGACGAGGAGACCAAACGCCAAGUCAAAGCAUACGGGAAAGAAGGUGUGAAGAUGAACUUUGUCGACCGCAUCUUUGUCGGCGAGCUCACAAACACAAUCAUGUGUGAAGAGUGCGAGCACAUAUCCACAGUAAAGGAAGCCUUCAUUGACAUCUCUUUGCCCAUUAUAGAGGAGAGGAUAUCAAAACCUUCCAACCCUGGUAGGCUGGGGAAGGGCACCCGGGAGCAAGAGAGCCACACAGCUCACAGUGAGCAGGUUCCUUCUGCAACACACUCUGUCAACAGAAAUACCAGGAAGCUGAGUGGACAGAAGCAACAGAGCAGGAGGUCUUCCAGCUCUGUGGAGGAGAAAGGAGCAGGCUUUAGUGGGGACCGACCAGAGGAUGAAGGUGUUGCAGGUGGAUCAAGCCACUGCGUCUCAGUUUGUAAGAUGGCGGCUGCCGGCAGCCUGUCGGACGGCAGCGAGAGAGACUCGGGCGCUCAAGACAGCAGCAAUGACGCCGACAGCGAGGCCUCUGAGAGCGAGUGGACGCCACGUUCCUCCAACCAGAGCCACAGCCACAGGCACAUGUCUACCCCAUCAUCCACCUCCACCCUCACUCCGUCCCCUACGCCUGUCUCCGCCUCAUCUCCUUCUUCAUCGUCUUCCACAAGGCAAGGCGGCGCUGUGGAACAGCUAGUUAGCGCCGUCUCUAAAGUCAACCUGAGCUUCAGCUCUGGGGACUGCUCUCCAUCUGCACACUGUUCUCCAGAGGAGCACGGAGAAACACAGAGCCGAGACAAUCUCCACCAUCAGCACCACCAGGGGGCCUUCCAGGCUCUGUCCCACAGUUACACACCCAGUUCCAAGGAGUGCUCCAUCCAGUCCUGCCUCCACCAGUUCACCUCUGUGGAGCUGUUGAUGGGCAACAACAGGCUGCUCUGUGAGAGCUGCACUGAACGUAGGAUGAAGCAGCUGCGCAAGAGCAGCUCAGCAGAUAAGAAAGUGGAGAAGGUUUACACCAGCGCUAGGAAGCAGAUGCUCAUAUCCUCACUGCCUCCUGUCAUCACAUUGCACCUGAAACGCUUCCACCAGGCAGGGAUGAACCUCCGUAAGGUGAACCGCCAUGUUGACUUUCCUCUGAUCCUGGAUCUGGCUCCUUUCUGCUCUGCGUCCUGCAAGAACCUGGCAGCCGGUGAGCGUGUCCUCUACAGCCUGUACGGGAUUGUCGAACACAGUGGCUCAAUGCGUGGAGGCCACUACACUGCAUAUGUAAAAGUGCGCGCUCCACAGAGGAAAACAGAACAACAGCACAAGAACCUGUCAGGUGCCAGGGACACCUGCAGCAGCUCCCAGGGCCAGUGGGUGUAUGUCAGCGAUACCACAGUUCAGAUGGUACCAGAGUCAAGGGUACUCAACUCUCAGGCAUAUCUGCUCUUCUAUGAGGAAAUCCUCUAACAUGACAGAAGAAAGUAUUUAUCUCUAGAAAACCUCCUUUUGCUUUGUGUUGUUUUUGCAGAAGCCUGUAAACUCCUCUUACUGUAUCUUUGGGUGUUUUGGAGGCAAGAAAAGGGAAGGAUUUCACUGUAUACACCUUUGUAUUACUUAAAUUGGCACCUUUAAAUAUUGUAGAUGUAUAAAGGAUAAAAGGAUUUUAUUUUGUGGCUUAGAGAUUUUCAUUCAUGUUCUGUUUUUUAUUAUUAUUAAUAUCAUCAUUAUUAUGAAAAGCCUGCUCUUUAAAAAGAGGCUAGGUGAAAACCAGAGUGUUAUUGAACCUGAGCUGUAACACAAAUGUUACGGUCUGUCUCAGCCACAGUCACGUGCCUGAGAUGUAAAAUGCAUGAUAGUUUACAACUAUAACUAACUGGAAGUGGCAGAAUUUUACUGCAUGCUAACCUGUACCCGGCGCCUAUGAGUUGGUGUCGGUUGCGUGUAUUUGUGUGGGUGAGUGAGCGAGAGACCAGUGAAUGAAGUUUGAAGGUGCUGUGUACCAUUUUCACAUCAGUAAAUGAUCGCCAGCUUAAAUCAGACUUGGCAGUCUGGUUGUGUUAUGAAUGUAAAUGCUCCGCACAAAAUAUUUGAAUUGUGAGGCAAUGGCUUCAGUGAGAGCGUGAUCAUUAGUGACAGUAAAGACGAAUAUAGACGAGGAGGAGCCGAGAAGCAGCAUUCUGUGGAGUUCACUGGAAUCUGUGUUUGUACAUUUGAGACACCCAGUCUGAAAAAUCAGCCUUGGCUCUGUUGACGCAGGAUACACACUGGCUUAACAUACUGACUGAAGUUGCCACACAGCACCUUUAAAGAAGUAGCACAACAUUAUUCUACUUCGGCCUUUUUCAAAAGGAUUGUUUUCUUAAAAUCAGAAUGUAUAAAUGUCUGACUAUCAGUGAAUUGAAUUUGCCAAAGACAAGUUUGUUUGGUUUUUUAUUUCUGCGGCAAGUUUGAGCCGAGUUUCUUUAACAUACUCUCCCUCAAGGUCAUCGGUGUAGUUCUCCCCCCCGCAGGCAGGCGCACUUGAUGUUUAUCGCAUCAACAAAGCACUUCUUCUGCCUUCAUUGUAUUUCAGCUCCACCCGAACACACGAAAGUGUCAGACAAACAGUCAGCACCACAACAGACUUGCUCUUCAUUCUCUAAUGCCAUGAAUAAGCUUGAGCAUAAACGAAGAAAAAAAAUGAGAGAAACAUGUUAGAAAACAGUUUAAAGGCUUAAAAAAAAGGCUAAUAAGAAAAACCUCUUUCUGUAUUGUGCAUGGGUUGAUGUUCUAAUGAAUGUAUUGCCUAUUCUUCAAAUGUCCAUGACAAAUGACCUGUUUUUUGUUUUUCUAUGAAAAUAUUUUAGAUUCAACUACUUUUAUUUCUCCUGCUUUGCCAAACGAUUAGACAGAAAAGAGUUCAAGUUAUGUUCACCUGCGACAGAAAAAAUACAAAAUCUGUGCCUCUCUUCACGGUUAAGAAACCCGUGCAUGGUGAGAAGACAACUUGCAAUCAUAUAAAGAGGGAUAUGCGUGGGUUAUUUAUGUACAGUAUUGCUUACUGUAAGCAAAAACAGUACUGAGUGUAUGUAAUUGUACAUAUAGGACAAUACAAACUCAUGGUGCUCCAGGCGUGCAGGGUUUCCUUCCUCAAGACAAGUUCUUGCUCCCAGAAAAAUAUUUAAAUUUGCUUAUGGAAUGAACAUAAAACAUAAUGUAUAAAAAUAAACCUAAUUUAUGAACAGUAUAUUCAACGAUAUUCUUUUUUUUUCUUUAAGCUUCUCUUGUGCAACAGCUCUAGUAGUAGAAAAGAAAUCACAAUAGAUUUAAUGUUUUCUGCUGCUAAAUUGGUGUCAUGCUGGGUUUUGUUUUUUGGGUUGUUUUUUUUUUUUUUUUUACUGCAAGCAAGAUGUCGUCGACAGUCUCCCUCUUCCUAUCUCGGCUGUCACUGCGGAUCCCGCGGUGCCACAUUCAGCCAGUCUUCGCCCGUUAUCGGCCGUGACGGGUGCAAAGCAGCACUGCUUCAGAACAUGUCGGGAGCUGGUGAAAAGGAGGUGGGUGUGGAAUCAGGAAAAAGGGCAACGUCCAAAGACAUUCGCCCCGCGCGUUCUCUCACUCCCACACGCUGUGACAUCCCGGCCGUGCGACUGGAACAUAGAACAUGUUGUCAAACCGCCACCAAACAAGACGAGUAAAUCUUUUCUGAAGUGCGUUUGUCUAUUUUUAAAGGGGGGCUUUUGGCUGGAGGACAUGCUGCUGAGGCAUUUGAUGUGAUUUAAUCUUGUGUAAUGAAAAGCGCCCUCCCUCUGCAUGAGACAGUUUUAAGAAACUAAUAAGGUGCUGCUGUGGAGCUCGUCUACCAGCAGUGAAGGUUAAAUUUUUACUGCUCUCACUGUCAGCCUGGCCCAGCUGCACACCACGCUGCACAUGCACUCGCUAAUGUAUAACACGCUCAACACGUUUUCACAUGGAAGCAUUCACACACUUGGACUGCACACGCCUCAGGCUUUGUUCUUCACAGGGAAAAUGCACCAACACUAUACCAACAGAGUACACGAUGGUAUUAAAUCACACCUGCACACGACCUCUUCAAACACACGACAUGUUCUCAUAAAGUGCUUCAGUUCUGUUUUAGGAAAAAUAGUGGGCUCCAUCCAGUCUGUUUAAUGCUGGAAUCCUGCUGAUUAUGGCUUAAUUUAUACAUGCCAAUAAAUAAGUCUUAAAUUAUGCAGUUUGAACCUCCAGAAUGACACUAGCACCUGUUUAUGCUCAGCAAAUGGCUGGAUUCCCAAAUGGACACAGCAGGUGAAAUAAGUAUUGAAAGCGUCACAGAUUUUAGGUAAAAGGAAAAAACAUUUCUAAAGGUGCUAUUGACAUGAAAGUCUUACCAGAUGUUGGUAACAAUUCACACAGGGAAAAAGUUUUGAAUGCAAAGAAAGGUACAGAAAAACCAGAAUCAGCAAGUGUUUCAAAGGGGGGGGGGUUUAGUAAGGUGAUGAUCCCAAACACCAUCAGGGAAACGCAAAUGGUUUCAGAGAAAGAAAAUAGUGCUGCUAAAAUGACGCAGCCAAUCACCUGACCUGAAUCCAACUGAAAGAACGAAACCUCUUGUGUGUGCUCCAAUUGUGGGAAUUUUGGAAAAACUGUGGUGCAUUUGAUGGCACCAUAACAUCACAUCAACAAGGUCAUGGGUUUGAAUCUCCUGUGUGGAGUCUGCAUGCUCUCCAUUUAAUGCCUGGGUUCUUGCCAGGUGCUCCAACUUCCUCCCACAGUCCAAAGACAUGAUUGGGGUUAACUGGUGAUUCUAACUUGGCUGUAGGUGUGAGCUUGAAUGGCUGUCUGUGCAGCUGGGAUAGGUUCCAGCCCAACUGUGACCUUGAAAUGGUUAAGCAGGUGAAAAUGAAUGGAAGAAUUUUCAGAAUAUAAAUAUGUCUGAGUUAUUUAUUUUUAAUGUGAACACCAACAUUGCUUCAUUCUUCUGUUACUCAAUAUCAUAAACCUUAAACUGGUGCUGUUUGCUAUUAAACCUAUGAUAUUCCCCAUGAUACUGAUGCUAACAGUUGGUUAUUAAAAAAGCUUUGUGAAACAAAAGCUCUGCCACUUGGUUUGGGUGUAAGAUUGAUUUGCUUGCCAUUUGUAACAGCGUUUUACAGCUGUGCGAAUUUCAUGUGGGUAUCUCCUGUACUUAAGAAGUAAUGAAGGUGAAAAAUACUCAAAAAGAGAACACAAAUUAGGAAGAACCAAAUUUCGACCCAGCAUCUUGAACAAUAAUAAAAUAUUAAAAUGUGACAUGCACAAUCUGUGGCUGCAUACAAAUCAAGUGUUUGACAAUGAAGUGUUUCAUUUUAAAUGUGUUAUUGGAAGAAAAAAAAUUCAAGCUAAGAAGCCUUUGAUGUUAAAUGGCUGUGGCUACUUUUUGUGCAAAAUAUUCAUUCAUUACAAAUGAAUUAUUUUCUGCAGUUU